CUUCUCUAAGGGUACCUUCUCACCCCCUUGUCUUCUACCUGAGAGGGAGCACAGAACCAAAGAGCCACUUGAGUCAAGACUGCUCCAAAGGAGGGAGAGUGGAUCCCGCCUGCUUUCCAUCUUUCUACCCUGCAGCAGCAGGAUGCUGGAUACCCUGUAUGAAUCAUUUUGGAGAACUGAAUACUGGAUCCCCCCUGGGUACACAUGGGCUGAUUUGGAAGAUUCAGAUGGCAUCACAUACCCUCAUCCCAAAGACCUCCUGGCAGUCAUUCCCCUGACAUUUGUUUUAAUAAUCAUUAGAUGUGGCACUGAGAGGUUCAUAGGGCUGCCCUUGUGUAGAGCCUUGGGUGUGCGUGACCCCAUCAGGAUGAAGGUUACUCCCAACCCCAUACUGGAGUCAUUUUUCCAGAGCCGGAGUAAGAAUCCCCAAAAGGAUGAGCUGAGUAACCUGGCCAGUCAGUCUAGCCUCUCUGUGAGGCAAGCUGAGUGCUGGUUUCGACGUCGCAGAAAUCAAGAGCGACCAUUAAUAAGCAAGAAAUUCUCUGAAGCCUGUUGGAAAUUUUUAUUUUACUCCAUUUCUUUCUCCGACGGCUUCUUCAUCUUCUACAAUAAAACCUGGUUUGGCCAGCCAGAGACAGUCUGGAUUGGAUACCCUAAGCAGCCUCUGCAACCUGCCAUAUACUGGUGGUAUCUCUUGGAAAUCAGCUUCUACUUCUCCUUGCUACUCACUUUGACCAAUGAUGUGAAGAGGAAGGACUUCAAGGAGCAAGUUAUACACCAUGUUGUUACUAUCACAUUGCUCUUCUUCUCCUAUUCUGCCAACUUUAUGCACAUUGGUGCCUUGGUGCUGUUGCUACAUGAUGUUUCAGAUAUCUUCAUGGAGGCUUGUAAAAUGUUAAUUUACGCAAACUGGAGUCAAGCUCGGGACAUAAUGUUUGUCCUCUUUGCCGUGGUGUUCUUCAUCAGCAGACUCAUUUUCUUCCCAAUCAAAGUUCUCUACAAUACUUACUAUACUUUCCUGACCAACUACAAGUAUUUCUUUGGAUACUAUUUUGCCAAUACUCUCUUGACGGUCCUGCAGAUUCUCAACAUCUUCUGGUUUUUCCUUAUCCUACGAAUGUUCUACAAGCUUUUAUCAAUGGGCCAGGUGAAGAAUGAUGUGAGGAGUGACAUAGAGGAGGAUGACAUGAGUGAUGAGCAGUUGACAAUGAGACAGCAGAGCAAUGGGAAACCCCAGUCCAAUGAUGUCACAGAUCUUCGGGCUCGAGGGGUUCGAGGGUCUGCUCAAUUUGCCACUGAGCCUAUACCAGUGGCAUAAUAUAGUCCAGCCCAGUGAACCAUCAGCCCUUGGAUGAUUGGGCUCCUAAGUACUUGAAAAGUGAUCCACCCUGGGAAAUGUCUCAGAUUAUGAUUGAACAUGGACUCCAUAGAACUGUCUCCCUGUGUCUGUCCCUGUCAGAGAACCUUUACUGGUUCUCCUGGUGGAGGAGGAAGAAUGGAAUAUCUCUGCUAAAUAUUUUAUGGUAAAUUUAGUGAUCUUUCUUUUGAUCGGCCUUUUCUCCUGAACCAUUGUCCUUGGUCUUGGCUACUGAUGCCUGUCACUUAGAAGCACAGAGUGAAGGGGAGAGGUAUGAAGAAAGAGCAGGGAGAUCCCCUCAGAAGAAUCCCCUGGGGACUGCCCAACAUCCUUAAGGAGAUCUUGAAGGAGAUGGCUGCUCCCUGAGCCAAUGAGAGACUUGUAGGCCUGGGACUGGAGUGGGCUAACUAGCCUCAGACUUGUCUUCCUAGCCCAGCAGGGAGUUGUCCCUGACAAAUCCUAAGGAAAAGAGAAGUCUAUUCAAGGUAGGGAUGAAUGUGUAGAACCUGGGUUCACCAGACCCAGAAAGUAAGCAAUAAAAUUUGAAUGGUGCAGGA